CAAUUUUCACCAUUCUCGUCACCGACCUCUACAUAACAGCCCGCGUCCGUUUAAAGUCUCUGAAACGAGGUGAGAUGGCUGCACCGAAGCAGGAGCCUCAGGAGGCAGUCAUACCUCCGCCGAAACCUGCGCCCAAACGCAUUGUGGCCAGUGAGAAGGCCCGCAAAGACGCACUCAAAACUAUCACCGCCGUUCGCCGCGUCUCUGCAUGGCAGAUACAUCGCUGGCCGCUAGAGAAGCGCAUGGUGAACGAGCGCACACGAGUGCACCUCCCGCGGACGUACCUCGGGAAGGAUGGAAUAGACGUCCGAGUGGUUCGCGCUGGCCAAGAUUUAAACCAGUUCGUUCAUCGACACUACGCCGAAGAGCUCGGGAAGGAUGUAGGGAAAGAUAACGUGGACGGGAAGGGUUGGGUCAACUUCGUUACACCAGACGAUGUGCUGCAACGGAGACACGAAUGCUUGGGACCAGACCCUCGUGUGGCAGGAUAUCGAUAUGACGUGGCCGGAGACGUACACAUCAAAUGGUGGGAUGCAUUCCUACAGGACCAGUGGAUGGACAAACAAAAGUGGACCUUUGAUGUGAGGAUGGAAGAAGAUGGACGAUGGGUGGAAAUAGACGACUGAUCAUCGCAGUGCCCGCGACCACAUGCAGCAUUCGAACCUUGGACCGAAAGUGAAAGGCAAGACUGGCAUGACCUGGAGUCCGUGGCUGGCUCAUGGGAGUUGGAACUAGCGAACGAAUAUUACAAAUUCCCUAAUCUAGUAAGUUCCGACUCGGACCGUGACUAGCUCGGGGGCUCACCCUG